AUGGCGUGCCAACUCGCAGAGCACAUCAUCGCCCAUUCAGAUAAAUAUGGAGAACGUCACCUCAUCCACCCAAGCAUCCAUCUCCAAAGAACACCAUCAUUUCUACUCCUCCCAGCCCCAGAAAACCAAACCCGAAAUACCCAGCACAUGGACGAGUCAUCUUCCUCCGGCUUGGGCCAACUCGCCCGCCUGCCUACAGAACUCCGUCUCCAAAUCUACGCCCUCUGCCUGCCAACAACCCCCCACUUCCUCAACCUCCUCUCCACGCAGUCCAACCUGCACUGGCUAGCCACAUCCCGCCAAAUCUUCACAGAAGCCGCUCCGCUCCUCUACUCCCACACAGCCCUGUACUUCGACCUCGAGCCCGCAGCCAAAACCCGGCGAGGCAGUCUAGUCAGCGAACUCGCCUUCCACGUGCAAACGCACUUCACCACUCCGCCUCCGCAGCCCGCAGCAGCCUCUUUCGCCGACAAAUGGAUCCGGCGCGUGCUCACUCGCAAAGUCAUGGUGGAAGUCUGGUGCGCCUACCUCGAUAACAUCGAGGAGUUCCUCUCGUGGUUCGCGGCGGGGAAUAUCAGCGGGUUCUUAGCCGAGUGCGAAGCGCUGGAGGAAGUGAGUGUGAGUUUACGGGAUAUUUUUAUCGGGCCGUUGGAUGAGGGCGUGCUGGUGUUGCGGGAGGUGGGGGAUGGGGAGUGGGUGCGGCUUUUGAGGGAGGGCGAGGUGCCGCAUUUGCGCCGCUUGUGUGGGAAGAUGAGACGGGUGGAGGCGAAUGUGCCGAGGGGGUGUGUGGUGAGGUGGAGUUUGCCUGGGGAGGCGCUGCCUGAGGUGGCGUAUUUGAGGGAGGGGGUGCCGGAGCGGGAGCCUACGGGUCGCGAGAGGGCGGUGAGUGAGUUUAUGGAUAGGGUGUGGCGGUUUGUGCGUGAGAGGGAGGGGCAGGAACUCGAUAUUCUACUGGGAUCAUAA